AUGUCAAGUUUCCAGAACACCACAUCAUCCACUUCCAUCAUUUUCCUGCUGACUGGUGUUCCUGGGCUGGAGGAAUUUCACAGCUGGAUCUCCAUUCCCUUCUGCUUUCUCUAUCUAACUGCUCUUUCAGGAAACAGCUUGAUUCUCUUUGCCAUUGUCACACAGCCGAGCCUCCAUGAACCUAUGUAUUAUUUCCUGUCCAUGUUAUCCACCACUGACCUCUUCUUGUCCAUAUCCACUCUGGUCACCAUGUUGGGCAUAUUCUGGUUCAAUGCCAGGGAGAUCAGCUUUAAUGCCUGCUUGUCACAGAUGUUUUUUAUUCAUCUUUUCACUGUCAUGGAAUCUUCAGUUCUAUUGGCCAUGGCUUUUGAUCGUUUUGUGGCCAUUUCUAAUCCUCUCAGAUAUGCCUCUAUCUUAACUGAAGUUAAAAUAGCACAGAUUGGAAUAGCGAUAGUCACCAGGGGGACAUUAAUACUGAUACCUUUACAGUUACUCCUCAAGCGUCUGUCAUUCUGCCGAAGCCGUGUGCUGAGUCACUCCUACUGUUUUCACCCUGAUGUGAUGAAGCUCUCUUGCACAGACACCCGGAUCAACAGCAUAUUUGGGCUGACUGCCCUGAUCAGCACUGCUGGGGUGGACUGGAUCUUCAUUUUCCUUUCUUAUGUUUUGAUCAUCAAAACUGUCCUCCACAUUGCAUCCCCAGUGGAGAGGAAGAAAGCCUUCAGCACGUGCAUCUCCCACAUUGGGGCUGUUGCUAUUUUCUAUAUUCCAUUGAUCAGUCUGUCCUUUGUUCACAGAUUUGGAAAAGGGGCCCCACCCUAUGUCCAUACCCUGAUUGCCAAUGCCUACCUGCUAAUCCCCCCAGUGAUGAACCCCAUAAUCUACAGUGUGAAGACCAAACAGAUACGCAGGGCUGUUCUAAAAGUUCUCCAGUUUGGUGCAACAAAGAAGUAG